CAACUCUGCUAAAUGUGAAAUGGAAGGGUGUAAAGAGCGCGCUGAAAGUGAUGUACCUUAUUGCGCUAGCAGGCACAAGCAUCGUAAUUACCAGUGGAAACGCGAUCAAGACGUUACCCUAGAGAAAUGUGCAGUACCCAAUUGUUCUCACAGGGCAAAGAGAGGGUGGGUCUACUGUGUACUCUCGCAUCAUCACUUGGUGGGUGAAACUUCUCGAUUUGUUUAGUUGGUUUUCUACACCACACAGGAGAGACAUUUUCGACAAAGUAGAGCAAAUAACACCCCCCCCAUGUGCCAUGAAAAGAUGCACAAAGGCCAGCUCUGGUGACACAAUAUUCUGUACAGCAUCGCAUAAAGACUGGGUUGCGGAGGAAAGAGCUAAGCCUGGCACAAACUAUUGCGAGAUUCCAGUUUGCCCCUUGAAAGCGACAGGCAGAGGUCCUCACUGCAACAUAUACCAUAGUAGAGAAAAUACUCAGUUUUUCCUCGACAGAGAUGUAACUAAACCAAUAUGCUCCGCAGAAGGCUGUGAUUAUCAUACUAACGAAGACGAACCAUUCUGUGUGCUUGGACAUUACACUCAGCUCAAGACGUUCCGUAAUAAUAAACGUCGUCCUGCUGAAAAUCCUGAAGCCGGUACAAGCGCUGGACCAUCGAAAGUGGCCAGAAGAAACUAAAGCUCUGACUUGGCUGGCUGUUAUAUUUGAAAUUGUAAUAUUGCUAUUUAAUGUGAAAA